UGUUAAUUAUUGCAAACACCCCCAACAACAAUAGUCUUUUCUAAACUCGCCUCAUGUGCACUCGUUUCCCUGUCAAUUUAUUCACUUGUCAAUUUAUUCACUGCUAAGUAAAUUUGCAAGUCAACUAUAAGGUCUCCGAUAACCUCUGCUUUUCAUCUCAAGCUGCUUCUUUAUCGUUUUUUAAAUAAAUCAAAGUCUGUCUUCUUCACAAGCAGUAAUCUUUUCUGCCUUUUUUUUUCCUUCGAGUUUUUGCUCUUUCAGGGCUUGAUUCUAUCUGUGUUUUGCUUCGUUUUGAUGUUUAUGUCUUUGUUUUGCAAGUUUUGGGAUUUUUCAAGCGAGGAAACUUGGUGUGAUUAGUUCCUUUGGUUGCUGUCCUCAUUUUCCCCAGCUCUUGACCGUAUCUGUUCUGUUUUGUUAUCUGGGUUUUCUUUGAUAACAAUUGUUUUCUUUUUUCAAUUACGAAAUCCUGGUUUUAUGAUUCCUGUCUGAUUAAAGAUGACUAUCAAUUUAUGGCCAUUACAGUGAACAAUAUUCUCAUGUGGCCAUUCCUUUAAAUCUGAUACUUAUUAUACUGUCAAUUCAAUGUUUCUUGAUGAGUUUAAGUGCUUGUUGGGCUUAACUAGAGACAUUUAGAUCCAAAAUCAUGGAAAGUGCCAAUGAAAUGACAUCUUCUUUGAGUUUCGCUUCAUCUUCGUACUUAUCAAAUGGGUCUAGUAUCCACCACGUAUCAGCCUCAAAUGUUCCUGAGCCUGGUGUAAACCUUGAAAACUUGAGCUUAAACAAGCUUAGUGGCAAUCUUGAAAGGCUAUUACUUGAUAAGGAGUAUGAUUACAGCGAUGCAGAGAUUUUUGUCGAGGGCACCCCUGUUGGUGUCCAUCGGUGUGUAUUGGCUGCCCGUAGUCAGUUCUUUCAUGAGCUUUUUAAGAAGGGAAAUAACAAUUCGACGAAUGGAGAUAAACCCAGGUACCUCAUGUCUGAUUUGGUGCCUUAUGGUGGGGUUGGAUAUGAAGCCUUUCAUGUUUUCUUGCAUUAUUUGUACACUGGAAAGCUUAAGCCAUCUCCGCCAGAAGUGUCACGAUGUGUUGAUGAUGCUUGUGCCCAUGAUGUUUGCCGCCCUGCUAUUAAUUAUGUAGUGGAAUUGAUGUGUGCCUCUGCCACUUUUCAGAUGAAAGAGCUUGUUUUGCUUUUUCAGCGGCGUCUCCUGAACUUUAUUGAGAAGGCUCUUGUUGAAGAUGUAAUCCCAAUUCUUAUGGCUGCUUUCCACUACCAGCUAGACCAGCUCCUCUCUCACUGCAUCGAAAGACUUGUAAGAUCAGAUCUUGAUAGCACAUGCAUAGAUAAAGAGCUCCCUGAUGAAAUUUCAAGUAAAAUUAAAUUACUUCGCAAAAAAUCUCUGCCAGAAGCUGAAAGUAGUGUUGAAGAGGUGGACCCCAUACUUGAAAAGAGUUUCAGGAGAAUCCACAAGGCAUUGGAUUCAGACGAUGUUGAACUGGUGGAGCUUCUCUUGAGUGAAUCUAAUUUAACUUUGGAUGAUGCUUAUGCUCUCCAUUAUGCUGUUGCCUACUGUGAUCCUAAGAUCGUCAAGGAAGUUCUUAGUUUAGGCUCGGCUGAUCUCAAUCUCAGGAACUCCAGAGGAUAUUCAGUGCUUCAUGUUGCUGCAAGGCGCAAGGAGCCAUCAAUCAUAAUGGCACUACUAACUAGGGGCGCCAGUGCAUCAGAAACUACAUUGGAUGGACAAAAUGCAGUUGCAAUUUGUCGUAGGUUGACUAGGCCAAAGGAUUAUAAUGAAAACACCAAGCAAGGUCAGGAAUCUAACAAAGACAGGAUAUGCAUUGAUGUACUGGAGACAGAUAUGCGAAGAAGGAAUUCAAUGUCUGCAAACGUCUCAACACUGUCGCCAUCGGUAGCUGAUGAUUUGAGCAUGAAGCUGGACUACCUGGAAAAUAGAGUGGCUUUUGCACGAUUGCUGUUUCCUGCUGAGGCCAGGCUAGCCAUGGACUCUGCAAAUGCAAAUUCAACCUCAAUGUACACUGGCCUUUUGGCAUCAAAAUCAAAAGGCUCAAGUGGGGACUUAAGGGAGGUUGAUUUGAAUGAGACACCCACUGUUCAAGCCAAACGACUCCAGUCGAGACUACAAGCACUGCAUAAAACAGUGGAGACAGGUCGGCACUAUUUCCCUCAUUGCUCGAAAGUGGUUGACAAGUUUCUGGAUGAUGAUAUGCCUGAUGCACUCUUCCUUGAUAAGGGUACUCCAGAAGAGCAGAAAACCAAGAAGAUGCGCUUCACGGAACUUAAAGACGAUGUGCAGAAGGCGUUUUACAAGGACAUGGAGAACAACAACAGAUCUGCCCGCUCAUCAUCUUCUUCGUCCUCAUCUUCUCCAAAAAGCGGUGUAACAUACAAGGCUAGGAGAAAGUUCUAAAACUUGUGUUCCCUGUUCUUCUUUCCUUCCAAGCAAGACUGUAAGAUUCUUACGAGUCUUUUUUUGAAGGGCAUUCGUCAUCAAUAUUGUUGACAUCCAAGGUUAUUUGUAUAGAGUAAUGCUAAACAUAACGGUUUUUUUUGUCAUCUUUUCUUAAUAUUUAGCAUUACUCGUUGGUAUAAUAACAUAAGAUUGAUAGCAUCCCUAAAAGAAGUUAUGCGGAUUUUCUUCUGAAUGUAAUAUAUCUCGAAGUCACUGGCUUGUGAAAUUGAUUUAUUGUGAGAUUUGUAUUAUAGUGUAUGGUAUUUUUUAAAA